AUUUAAUGCACACAAUUAAAAGUGAACUUGAGGCAUUUUUAUUCAUGUUAUUUCUUUGUAAUAAAUGUGUACCUUAUUGUAUUGAUAAUAUUGUAUCCUCUUCUCUCUCUCCUAUAGUUGAGUUAUGCUGAUAUGUUGAAGAGAGUUGAUCCGUUACGUAAAGAAUUGAAAGAUUUGGAAACCAAAGCUGAGGACACUCGUCAAAAAGGAGAAGAAAUAACAAAAAUAAUAGCAGAACUUGAAGCCUCUAUAGCAAAAUAUAAAGAAGAAUAUGCAAUGGUUAUAUCUGAUGCUAGUGUUAUUAAGAAUGAUUUAUCAACUGUUGAGAAAAAGGUGAGUUCCUCCUUCGUUUGCGUCACCUUGAGAAGAGUCUCCUCACUGCAUUGAACGAGGUCAAGGGUCGUAUCUUAGACAACAA